AUUUCUCAGCCAGUCAUAGCGCAUGUUAUAGUCAAACCUCCACCUUCCCCAGAAUCUCUUAUCAACGUCUACCAUGUUGCGGUCGGCCUUCCGUGUCACACGUGUCUCUUCGAGACUACCCAUCUUCAGUUCACCGACACUUUCACUCGCACGGAGGUAUCUCUCACAGGAGACCAGGUCGAAGAUCCAGGAUGCUGUCUCUGCAACUCCCGUGGUACUCUUUAUGAAGGGUACUCCGGAUUUCCCGCAAUGUGGUUUCUCACGUGCCGCCAUACAAGUGCUUGAUUUGCACGGUGUACCACCGGAAAAGAUGAAGACAUUCAAUGUCUUGGAGGAUAGCGAGCUGAGACAGGCAAUCAAGGAGUUUUCGGAAUGGCCCACAAUACCCCAACUGUAUGUGAAUGGAGAGUUCGUUGGCGGCUGCGAUAUUCUCUUGAGUAUGCACCAGUCUGGCGAGCUCGAGGAUCUACUUGAGAAGAAAGGCGUCAUUCCCCCAGUCGCUGAAGAAUCUCAGGCGCCAGGAUCCCCAAAUACGGGCACUUCCUCGGCAUGAUUCAUUCGCUUCCCAUGUUGACAGUCGCUUUCAUCCAUCCAUGCAUUAUAUUAUUCAAAAUGUAUUGUCUACGGCAUCAUCACCUCUCAGACCCUCUGCCCACCCUAAUCAUACACACGACAGCUUUACCCUACACCGGGGUCCUGGGAAGCAAAGCUAUUCUGGUGAAUACUCAAUGACACCUGACCCAUCUACUCGUCCGCGUUUGACUUUCUCGCCUUUCGCUUGGACAAGGUCCUCUACUGUCUUCAACCUGCCAUCCUGCGUGCUCUCUUUGAACCAUCCUAUAUGAUCGGCAAUUAAGUGUCUAAGGUGAUAUAACGAACAUCAACACACGUGUAAUGACGCAAGACAUUGUAAAUCGUCGCGUACCGAUUCUUACAGCCGGGGCAUUCGACAAUGACAAUGCCACUUGUAUAACUCCGCUUCGUGAACUCAUGGGUAGACCGUGUGUCACAAUCCUUAACGGUGCAUGUGAAGGAAAUUUGAAGUCGUGGCUCGGCUUGGAAGGAGAGUUUUGUCUUCGGUUUCGGUUCAUUCGAAGCAAGCGGAGAAUUGGAGGAAUUGGAUCUUGGUGUAGUCCAUGAUAUUAGUCUCUUCUGUGCAAGCCGUGAGUUGCGCCAUAAUAGAGGAUGUGUAGACGAGAGCCUGAAAGUCGAUGUUUGGCGUGCCAUGAUAUGUGGUUUGGUCGAUAGCGAGAGAGCUUGUCUAAAUGUGCUAAGGCCAGCCAUUCUUGAAAAUGUGGGCGAAGGUGUGAUUAAACGUAUGAAACGUCA